AUGAGUGUCCCUGCACCUAGAUUUCUCCCUGGGCAAAAUGAAAUCUGCUCGUACGUCUCAAUUGGUGAUGAAGCAUUUGCUUUAAAACCAUACCUUAUGAGACCAUUUCCUUAUAAGCAGACUUUAACAGACGUCAGAAAAGAGAAAUACAAUCCUUAUAAAUUGAGUAUGGACUCUAAUCCUGGGCCCCUCAAAGAGACUACUUUACUGAAAUGGGCAGAGGAAGUCGAUUCUGGUGGAAGCGAUAUCGAAUCAGAAGGCGACUAUAUACUAUCGGAUCAUGACACUGAGUCGGAGGUUAAAUUCGACGAAGAGGACAACGAAAAUCUAGGUGACGACUGUGACAUUGAAGAUGUAACUAGUUAUUUAACGAUUUUUAUCAACUUUGGAGCACGUAAACCCUUCAGCAACUCAUAGGAUCGUUUCUAUUCUACGAGAGAAGAAUCCUUAAAAAGUUAGUGCCUCCAAAACAAAAUGUUUUCAAUAAUAACUCUCUUGAAUGGCCUUCAGGGCAGUUUCUGUUAGACAAAUUAUAAAAACACAUGUUCACAAACCUGCGGUACACAUCACAGAUUUCGGAAAUACCACACUUCUUCUAAUCCAGAG